AUAUAAUCCUACGCUUUACUACACAUAUCAAUAUCAGUUGAUCAGUUCUUCAUUGUAAGAUAUUCAUCGCAAACAUAUUCAAUCACUAGGAUCUACCAAUCUUCUUUGUUGUCGAUCAGAUGGGAUCUAGACUCCACCCUGACUGGACCGAGUUGCCUCCUGAAUGUCUCCUCGACAUCUUCUCACGUCUGAGCAUUGGGCAACGACGGAAAGGACCGAUGCUGGUCUCCAAAACAUGGGCAAACCUAUGCCAAGAACCGCAUCUCAACACUAUCUUGGACCUCGAAACUGAGUUUCUGUCUUCCGAAGAUUCAAAGUAUUGGUGGAGUCAUGAAUUCGAAAAAAAAGUUGACUCAACCAUCCGGUCUGUUGUCGACAAGAGCCAAGGUGGUCUCAUAGAGAUUCGAGUCAGGCAUUGUACAGAUCAAUCUAUCUCCUACGUAGCCGAAAGGUGCCCUAAUCUUGAGGUAUUUGGGGUUAAGUAUAGCCCAAGGGUUACGGUUGAGUCAAUGAGGAAGAUAGCCUCAAACUGCACUAAGAUUAAAGAGCUUGAUAUAAGCUGCUCUUAUGAAAUAUCUUGCCUGUGUAUGGAAAUUGUGAGUAAGAAUUGCAAGAAUCUCCAUAUUCUAAAACGCAAUUUGAUGCCGCCUCCGGAGAUCGUGAGGUUGAGGCAUUGCACAUACGUGGACACUACAAGUUUCGAAACAUUAGGAAAUGUUGAUGCUAAUACAAUUAUAAAAUACAUGAGUCAGUUGAAACACUUGGAACUUCGAUUCUCCACAUUGACUGAUAGAGCUCUUGAAAGGUUAUGUAAAGUGUGCUCGAAUCUAGAGUAUUUGGACUUGUUCGGUUGUAGGUACUUGACUAGUGAUGGUAUUACUAACAGUAUCUUGAAGUUGAAGAAUUUGAAAGAGAUCAAGAAGCCAGAUUUUGAGCGUGACUCUACUAAUUGAACGCAUGCACAUUUGUAUUGAUAUCUUUUUGUUAUGUUGAUGGUUGAGUUACAAAAAUGUCAGUUUCUUGUAAUCCUUUUUGUGAUUUUAUGUGAUUGUUUUUUUUUUGGAUUAAAUAUGUGAUUGUUUUUAAAAUUAACAACAAGCAUAAACUACAAAGCUGUCAGAAUAUCAAAAAGGUAACUUGAGACACAAGAAUUCUAACAACUAG